AGCCAGGCUUUGCAUAAGUUCAAAGAGCAUUCAGUCUCAUUUACAUAGUAUUUUAUGUUCGACACCCUCUCAACAGAAUUUCAGUUCAAAAUGGAGGAAAAGAUCACUUUAUUAGCAAUAAUACUCGUGAUCACGAUCACCUCAGAUGUAGGUCAAGCUUCCAGUUUUAAAACACUGGAGUCGGGGAACCAGUGUUUUUACCUCUCCACGGUCAAAAAAAUGCCCUUUGGACCCGACAACAGCGAUGAAUUAACCAAAGAGUGCGCCAAAAUGAAACUGGAACCCGCCCGAAUGAAGUCUACGGAUGACUUUCAAGCCAUUGCUGAAGUAGCAGAGUGCGGAAUGGCGCAGACUCUCGCCGAUACACCUUUUGUUCAUGGUCACGGAGAGAACGAUGUUACCCUUGGAGGAAAUCCAGCAACUGAAGGCAGAUGCUGGAUCUUUGAUUGGAAGGCCUUUGUCUCUCAGGUGGCAACCGAAGGAGAUUUUUGCACUCCUGGUUCAACGAAUGAAGCCCCGAAAGAACCAUUCUUUAUUUGCAGCAAGGCAUCUCUUUGUGACGAUUUACCCUGCAUUAGUCAUCCCAGCAGGACUGAUGUUUGCGUAAGAGAUCUUGGGCUCCUGGAUUAUAACCAAGCCAAAAAGUCGUGCAUAGAAUCGGGAGGGACAUUUGCCAAUGUUCUCACACCUGAGGACAAGAUUUUCAUCACAACCUCCUUCAGUGAGCAACAAGACUUUUGGACAAGCCUCUCAGCAUCAAGUAAGACCUUUCUAGGGAAUGGAGAAGGCUGCAAUAAUGCAACCGCGUGUAUCAAUGGAUAUAAUUUGACCUGGAGUCUUCCCAAUGGUGAAAUGACCCAAUUCAGCUCAAGCCAUGCCUCCCUCGCCUCAUCCAUGUCCAUCAGUCCCGAAUUUAGUGGACAUCUCAGAAUGCUGGGAGCCUCUAAUCUCACAGGAGGUCCAACUGAGGACCAGUUUUCAACUCUGUGCGAGUACCAGACCUCUGCCAUUCCAAAAGGUCCACCGGAAUUCCAAAGCAAUGCCAUAACAUGUGUUGCUCCGACCAUUCCUGCUGAGGCUAAGAUGAAAGUUUCUCCAAAUCAGACUCAUACUCAAGCAUGUCCAGGGUCCAAAUUGAGGCUGGAUUGUGAUGCAGGAGGACUCAACCAAAUCAAGUUUGAUGAUGAAACCCAUUUUGACUUGACGUGUCAGUCGGAUCGACAGUACCAACUACCAAAUCCUUGGCCCGAAUGUAACGAGUUUGCUUGGUGCACACUGCCAACCACGUGGCCGGAUGAAAUGGAAACGACUGCAACGGGGCAAGAACUGCAAAAUGGCCAAUCAUUCGAGGUGACUUGCAAGAAUAACCAAUCAUUGAUGACCAAAGUGGACUCAUUGAAAGACGAUUUGAGCUCCGUCACGCUGUUAUCCUCUGUGCAAAUUGGUUGUGGAUCGAAUGGAAGGCUUAAUGAGUCUGUGGACUCGUAUACAUGCACCCAAGAUUGUAACAAGCCUGUUGUUGAUGCUUCCAUUAUGACGCACAAUUGGACAAAGACGACCGAUCCCGUUAACAAUGACCAAAUCAGGUUUUCUUGUUCAAAGACAGGGAAGAAAAUUGUCAAAAAAUCAUCUGGCGAACUUAUGGAUAAUGUGACAAUGAGUUGUCGGGUAAAUGGAAGAUUUGACAAAGAAAUCAUGGACUUCGCUUGCACAGAUUGUCAAGUACCUCCAGUGAUUCCAGAUGGAGAUUUUAUCUGCAGCUCACCAAUAUUUGAAAGGCAUUCAACUUGUGGAUUUAUUUGUCAAAGUGGAUAUAUUUCCAGCAAAAAAUCGUCAGCCAAGUGCGUCGUGGAUCCCAUUACUAACACCACAAAAUGGGAUCUGGAUAUCACGACAAAUUUUGAAUGUAAACCGGGCAUUGAUAUCGUCAUUGGUGGGGUUGGCCCCGAGAAGGAUUACAUGGAUACAGUUGAGAUGUUUGCUCCCGGAAACACGUGUCACCAGAAGCAAGGGCCCAAAAUGGCCAACAAACUAAUUGGAGUGUCAGCUGAUUUCAUCUACGGUUCAGCUGUCGUUUGUGGCGGAGCCUCUCAAGAUUAUAUCAAUUGCAAAAGCGGGAUCGGAGGCAGUCGCGUUUGUGGGGACAAUGUUCAAUGUGUCACCACCCUUGGGGGCACACCUUGGUGCACGGGACCUAAAACGAAGCGAUGCCUCGUCUAUGACAAGGAAUUGACCCAAUCGUGGUUGCACACGUUCGAUUUGAAGAUGCCCAGAGUGUACGCCGCAUCGUUGAAGUUACCUGAUGGGAGUUUGUGGAUUUUGGGUGGAAUUAGUGAGGACAAUAUACUCUCGUCCACCGAGAUCGUCCAACAGAAUGCAGUCACUAAGAAAUGGGAAACAGUUUGGGGUGUGGCCAUGUCUGAGCCUAAAUUUGGACAUUGUGCCAUGCUUAUGCCGGAUCAAGAGAAUGUUUUGGUCACGGGCGGGUUUAACCGGAAUGGAUUUGUGAAGUUGGGCUCCAUCUUCAACUUGAUCACCAAGAAGUGGAACACCAAGGAGUACUACACCUAUAAAGAUGGCCAUCGCAUGGACCACUCUUGUGGAACGUUCGAAUUGAAUGGUGCUUACGUACCUCUGGUCAUUGGUGGAUCAAACGAGAUUCAAACCGGAAAGGUUAUGGAACGAUUUAACUCAGCAGAUCACACCUGGAGUACACUUGAACCCCCCUUGAACAAGGGAUUUCGCUCUGGAGUAGCGACCACGGUGAAUGGGAAACUAACCCUAAUUGGAGGAGUUCAUUGUUACUUUAACGCAACUACAAAGACUGAAAAGUGUUCUAGUACCUCUUCUGCUCUACAAUACAAUGACGGAACAGUCCCGUUUUGGAAAAUAAUACCAUUUGCAAUGAAUGGGACCAGAUCUAACCACGCCACAAUGAGAGUUCCGGACAACUUGUUCCGCAGUGAUUGCAAACUGGAUAUAGUUGAUGGAGGCUAUGGAUCAUGGUCCCAAUGGGCUUGUUCCACUACUUGCGGCAAUGGAAUUCAAACCCGAAGUCGGGAAUGUGACAGCCCUGCUCCAAAAAAUGGCGGAGACCCUUGUACAACUCUAGGGGAAGCCACAGAGACGGGACAAUGCUCUUUGGAGCCAUGUCCUCCAGUCAACGGGGAAUGGUCGGUGUGGACUGAUUGGGGAAGUUGCUCCGUGAAUUGCGGAUCGGGGGUUCAAAAUCGUUCCCGCGAAUGCAACAACCCUGCACCCCAAAGUGGAGGGACCGAAUGUCAAGGGGACGCUGAGGAGUCUCAAGCUUGCGAACUUGAACCUUGUCUUAAAUAAUGAUAAAGACAUUGGGCAUUGAAUAAAACAGUUCAAUUCCUCAA